AUGCAUAAUGCAUCAAAUUAUCAGGACGCUCAAAGUACUUAUCCUUAUUCAAGCCAAGAGGUUGAAUUGGUGGAGUCUGGACAAUUAUCACUCAGUCAAUUAUUACACUUGUUUUGUAAUCAAGAGAUAUUCAAUAUGGAAGAUGAUGAAUGUUUAAUACUGGAGAUUAUUUGUAUGGGACAAUAUACAACACAACCUAAAUUUUGGUUUGCUGCACAUCAUCAUGUUAAAUUCGCUGCUUUAGUUCAUCACGAUUCAUCAUCAAUCAAUAAUUACAAUAGUAACGAUGGUAAUAUAUUAGAAUUUAAGGGUUUUAAUAUUGAAGAAAAAAAGUUGGAUGAGGAAUUAGGCGAAGAAAUUAAUGAAAAGUUGGAUGAAGGAAUGAAAGAGAAGGUGGGCGAAGGGAAAUAUGAUGAUAAAAAAAUUAUAAGUGAGGUUCCUGGUGAUGUCAAUGAAAAUAAAUUAAUCAUAGGAAAUACUAAUACUGAAUUUUUGGAAGCUGUAACAACAACUUCAACGGUUGAUUUAACAUUAUCUUCUUCAUUCACUUCAAAUAUUGCAACAACAAGAUUUUUAUCGUUGGACAAAUGUGUUCCUGGGAGAAAAUUUUUACAGAUUUUAGAUUUUCCAAAUAAUGAUAAUGAAGUUAUGGAAUUGAAAUAUGAUGAAGAGUGGUUGGCAAUUAUAAAAGCUACAAAUCCAUACUUUAGUACGUCACAUGUUCAAGAAAUUUUGCCAACAGAAAACGAGAUAAACAGUAAAAUAGAAACUGAAUUAAAGUGGAUAAAAGAAAAUAUUUCAAAUAAAGAAUCUGGACUUUUGAUUCCAAAAAACUUUCGACCAACAGCUCCAGCGUAUGAUGAUACUUUGUCUCCCACCCAACAAAAAUCUUUCAACACAAAUUUCAUCGCCCCACUUGAUGAUAUGCAUGAUCCUUUAUUUGAUAUAAGAUUUAAAAAUGGUUUAUUAAGCUUCUCUGAACCUUCGUCAUUAUCGCAUUCAACAUCGCUAUUGAAAAAACGUGCUCAGCCACCACCACCAAAAAAAUCUUCAAAAGUUAAUCCACCAGGGAUUUCAAUUGAUAAUCAAGAAGCUACCUCAGAAACAUUGGAACAUGAAUUACACAAGCACUAUGAAGAAGAAUCAGAGGAUUGGUGGGAAGUUUAUCGUUCCUAUGAGUAUGAAACUGCAGAUUCAUUGGGUAACAUGUUUUUAGUAGAAGUGGAAGAAGCUCAAGUAAUUCAUAAACAACAUGCUUUAAUGGAUGAUUUACAACAUGCCGAUGUGUCAACUAAAGAGUAUGCAUCACAAGAAACAUUGAAUACUGGUGGCAUGGUUACUAAAAGUUCCAAAGAUAAUGACAAUAAUAAAGCAGGUAGCAGUUUUGCUAGUGGUGGCGGUGGAAUACAACAAGUUCAAGAUAAUGUUAAUAAUACUUCAAUAGCUGAAGCACGAUUUGUUCAAUACGAAUAUACGUUGGAAAUUGAUUUAUUUAAUCAAUGGGAAUACCAAAGUGAACAGUAA